AUGACAGAGCAAUCAGAGGACCUGAAGGAUUCCCUGCCCACAGAGAGGAAGCAUGUGUGGAGGACGGCCGAGGAGAGGCGGAUGUCAGACCUCGCGCGGGUGUUGGAGUGGCUGGAGCGGAGGCAGGGGAAGAAGAAGCAAGCUCUCCAGAAGAACAAAGCCAAGGUGGUGACGCUCUCUGCAGCACCUGUGAAGGAAGAAAAGAAAGCCAAAAAUGUCCAGAAACAGCAGGGAGGGAACCACCAGGUGGCAUUCUCUAAGCAGACCUCAGGGCAAGGCUCCAAAAAGGACGGGGAAGCCUCCGCCCUAUACAGAAGGUUCUACAGAGUGGAAGCAAAGGGAAAACGUCUCAGCAGCAUGACCCUGGGCAACUACCCCAAGGAUGAACCUAGGAAAUCUGACUUAGACAUCAAGGAUGAAAUCACCCAAGAGUCCACUCAGCGCUCAACACCAUACCAUCGACAAAGCAUCAUAGAACCCAUGUUACAGGAUGCUAUCUUUGCCCCACGGAGGUCGACCCUCUUGCGAGAUUGGGUUGGCAAGACGCCCUACACCUCCUACGAGCGAAAGCUGAAGAGCCUCAUGGAGAAAGGCAGCGAGCCCAAGAUGGAGACGGUGAGGUUGCUGAAACCGGAGGAGGUGCUGAGCUGCCGAUACCUGAGGUUGUCCAAGAACAACAUUCGAACUUUGCUCAAGCUGUGCAAGGAUGCAGGAAUGAAUGUGGACAUCCACCCCCAUGUGGUCGAAGAAGAGAUAGAUGCUAAAAAGGUGCUCAACCGAAACAUCAGUGUAGCCCUCUAA